UUAGUCGCAGCUCCGAGGCCGGUAGUCGGCCCUAUCUAUGUAGUGAAGGGGGGGCAACCCGGCAGGCCGGUGAAGAUGAUCCUCUGUCCUCCGACCACGGAGCAUCCCCGGGGAAAACAGUGCCAGAGGCUGCAGGUGACAAAGAUGAGUGGGAAUGAAAAGGAGCGGACACCUCAGUUGCUUUUCGUAAAGGCCUUGGCCAGCAGGGGGCGCCUUGAGGCCAUCACACAGCAGAUGGGCUACCAUCCACAGUAUCUGGAUAGUUUCCUCCGGAUGCAACAUUACCUGCUACACAUGGAUGGCCCCUUGCCCUUUGACUGCCGCCACUACAUUGCUAUCAUGGCAGCUGCCCGGCACCGGUGUCAGUAUCUGGUGAAUCUACACAUGCUGCAGUUCCUGCGGGUGGGCGGCGACCCCCAGUGGCUGAGAGGGCUGGACUGUAUCCCCCUCAAACUCCGCAAGCUCAGCGAGAUCAACAAGAUCUUGGCACACCGGCCGUGGCUUGUAGGCAAGGAGCACAUUGAGAAGCUGCUGAAGAUCAGUGAACAGAGCUGGUCCCUGGCAGAGCUAGUGCACGCGGUUGUGCUUCUGGCUCAUUACCACGCGCUGGCUAGCUUCGCUUUUGGCUGUGGAUGUGAACAGGACACCGGUCCAGAGGGACGGGGCUUGCUGAAGCUCACCCUCCCAGGGAGCCUCUGCUUCUGCGAAGUGGGCAACGGCUGCAGCCAGGACCUGCUACAUCUCAACCGCAAGCGGUCGCUGGAUUCCUGUGUGGAACUGGAGUCUUUACGAGAGCGUAUUCACAGGCUGCAGGUGGAGAGCGAGGCCCGAGAAGAGAUGCGGUUGCCUGAGAGAGAUGAAGGUCUUGAUGGGGAAAUCUAUGGCCCUUCAGAUCUCUCCUGCUAUGUUCAGGAUCCCAACUUUGGAUACCAGGACUUUGCUCAGCAUGAUGAGAACCAGACGCAGAUAUUCCGUGUUCAGGAUUACUCCUGGGAAGACCAUGGCUUCUCUCUGGUCAACAGGCUGUACUCAGACAUUGGGCAUCUGCUAGAUGAGAAGUUCCGGAAGGUUGAUGGCCUCCAGAGCUGUGCAAUGGCCAAGCGGCAGGGCUGUGAACAUGCGACUUUUAAGCGUGGGAUUUGGAAUUAUAUCCACUGCAUGUUUGGCAUCAGGUACGAUGAUUACGACUACGCUGAGGUGAAUCAUCUCCUGGAGCGCAUACUCAAGCUCUACAUAAAAACUGUGACCUGCUCCCCAGAGAAGAUGAAUCCUGAGAUGUUUGAACGGUUCUGGAAACAGUUCAAGCACAGUGAAAAGGUCCAUGUGAAUCUUCUCAUCCUGGAAGCCAGGCUCCAAGCAGAACUGCUGUACGCUCUUCGUGCGAUCACUCACUACAUGGUCUCCUAGAGGGGUGCUGGUGACCCCCUUUGGGGUUGAGGACUCGUGCACCACGGCAUUCACCCACCAUGUUUACUUGACAGCAUUCCCUUCCCUUAUGGGGUGUGCAGAGAAAGAGACACCCCUCCAUUUUCAUGUGCAAUUACCGAACUGGGACUCUGGGGGAAGAUAUUCAAAGGUAGCGUGCAAGGCAUUUGUGUCCAGUUUGGCAGUGUUGGAAGUUGAGUUCCCCUCCCCUCUGACUGUCCCUGUGGGUAGCUUUGUCUGCCGAAGAGAGUGGCUGGCCACAAGUUGAUUUUUCUUUUCCCUGAGCAGGGUGAGAUAGCUGAUAGCGCCUCUUCCAUCCUUGUUCCAGUUGCAGCAGCUCUGUCCACUGAAACACGUUACAGUAUUAGGUGGGCCUCUCGCUGCCUCCCCAUGCUGUUCCUGCCCUUUACAAUUGUGCCAACUUGACCCACUUUUAAGAAAUGCGUAGGCUGGUCUUGGGCACUCUUAUCGAGAAAGGUGGGAAGAAAAGGUGGCAUUAAUUCUAGCUUGUUGUGAAGGUACUGGUGGGGCUUACAAAGGCCUGCCUUCUUCUUGGUCCUUAUUCUGGCCUCAGGUAGGGUAUGUGUAUGUGUGUGUACGGGGGAAGCAUGUAGAACUCUUGCUUGUGAGAGCUCCACCCCCUCACUCAGUGUUCCUCCCUGGCCAGAUUCUUUCCACCUGCUGCCCCCAAUAGUUAUUUUCCCUGGCCAAAGUCCUUCAGCCCCAGAGCACACACCCCUUUUAUCCCCUCCACACUUCCUUUACGUUUGAGUUCUAGUUGGAGCGAGCAGCUUCAAGCCCCAUUCUAUCCUGAGAGCAACAGAUUUCCCCAUCUGGCUUUUCUCUGUGGCUUCUCCAUACUUCCAUUAGCCAGCACAGGGAUGGGUGGGUGGGGUGUCCAAGCGUUCAAAUAUGUAUCCCAAUGAUUUUUUUUCUUCCAAGGGGUCCAUUGUGAUAACAUAAGCUACUUCUGUGAUGGCUUCCUGUAAUUUGUGCUCUUGCUAGGAGCUCUCUGACAGCAGAGAAGGUGGGGGUGGGGGUGGGGGACUGGUGCUCUAUUUUUAAUGCUGGCAUAAUGCCACUCUGCAAGCCCAACAGAAUGUCCCCUUGGCUGGCAUGCUGCAGCGGUGCCCCUUGUGUGGGUCAUGGUGCAUGCACGUGGCCUGGAUCGCUGCACGGAAGCUGCUCUCUCUUGGAAGGCUGUGGGGGAGUUGUAGGAACCUGGUGGAGGGAUUCCACAAAGGGUCACUGCAAAGUGGGGCGUGGGCUUGUCACACAGGGCAUCAGCUAACCUGUUU